AUGGCAAGCAACACCUUCCAGUUAGGCCUCAGCCAGUCCCAGAUAUUGGAGCUGGUGAAGGACACCAGGGUUCUUAGGGAGGCCUUCGAGGCGGGGAGCCUGCCAGCCAUGGCCGCCAAGCUGCAGGCCACACUUCACUCGCUGGAGAAUGUCAGGCUGGACAUCGGCAUCACCGGGGGGACAGGCUCAGGCAAGUCGACCUUUGUCAAUGCCUUCCGGGGGCUGGGAGAUGAGGACCCCAGCUCGGCCCGCACAGGCGUGGUGGAAAUGACCGUGGAGCCCACGCCGUACCCACACCCCAAGUACCCCAACGUCAUCCUCUGGGACCUGCCGGGCAUAGGUGAGCCCACCUUCCAGGCUGAAAAAUACCUCCAGCGGGUGCUGGUGGACCGUUAUGACUUCUUCAUAAUCAUCACCUCCGAGAGCUUCACUGCCAAGCACGCCCAGCUGGCCCGCAGGGUUCUACAGCAGAGCAAGGGCUUCUAUUUCGUCCGCUCCAAGGUGGACGUCGACGUGGCCGCCUCGCGCAGUCGCCGCCCCAGCACCUUCUCCAAGGAGCAGGUGCUCAGCCAGAUCCGGGACGACUGUUUGCGGCGGCUGGAAGUGGAGGGCCUGGAGGACCCCAAGGUCUUCCUGCUCUCCAUGUUUGAGUUGGACAAGUACGACUUCCACCUGCUGGAGGAGUCGAUGGUGAAGAACGUAAAGAGCCACAAGCGGCAUGCGCUCCUGGUGGCCCUGCCCAACAUCUCGAAGCCCAUCCUGGAGAAGAAGGCAGCCUCGCUUCGGCAGCUCAUCUGGCUGGUGGCCGCAGUGGCCUGUGGCAUCAACCCGAGCCCUGUGCCUGGAGUAAAGGAUGUGGCGUGUGACCUCUACCGGCUCAUCCACUCCCUGGAAGGCUACCGCCGCAGCUUUGGCCUGGACAAGGACUCCCUAAGGAGGCUGGCUGAGCAGACAAGCCAGCCCCUGCACAAAAUCCUGGACACGGUGCAGGGCCUGAAGACCAAGGUCACCAAGGAGCUGGUGGUGGACCUGUUGGGCCAGGCCUCCAGGGAUGCCAGUGCCUUCACCCAGGAGCUUCUCAGUGUGCCUGCCCUGGGCACCCUGGCCACCUGCGGCAUCUCCUUCGCUACUGUUUACCAGAUGCUGCGCUUGUCCCUGGACACGGCGGUUAAGGAUGCCCAGAGUGUGCUGAUGCAGACCUUCGACAGCUCCGACUAG